ACCUGGAACCUAAUGAGUAACGUUUGCCGCGCACAGGAUGCAUGAUGUUUAGCGACUUUGUGCAGAUAAACAUGGCCGCCACUGUCUAUGAUACUUCACCGCUAAAGUUUGACCUAAUCUCACCUCGCGUUUGUUGUCGACAAGAGAAGAUAGUACCCCGCUGCGAUACCCCGCGUCCCUUCACCGCACCCACUCUCACCUGAUAACGCGGACGCGUCUCAGCGCGUGGCGUUGCGGCCCGUGCCCAAGCCACACCAACACAGUGCUUCCGUCAUCGCUCGUUCUACCUGAGCAUAACACCAUUAAUGCAGCAGCAUGGUUAACGAAAGGCCCAGGCAGUUUGGCGGUCCAUCCCGCUACGCGUCAGCACCUCGGCCGCAAGCAACAGGAACAACUGUUUCUACGUCACCAGCUGCUUCCAGAGCGGCAAGACUGGGGCUCGGGCUGGGUAAGGGCGCCGGCGGUAUAGGGAAAGGAAAUGGGUUAGGAAAAGGCGGACUUAAGCGUCACACGAAAAUUCGGAAAGACAACAUAUACGGUAUUUCGAAGAACGAUAUACGCCGGCUAGCUCGCCGUGGCGGAGUGAAGCGCAUUUCGGCAACAACAUAUGACGAUAUCCGUCAAGCUCUCAAGGAGAGGCUGCACCAGAUAUUGAAAGAUGUAUGCGCCAUCUUGGACUCAAGUGGGCGCCAAACUGUCACGGUCACUGAUAUCGUCUUCACCCUUCGACGACUUGGUACGCCCCUCUACGGUUUCGAGCCCGCUUUCCUCAAUGUUCGCUGAGUGCAUAUUGUCCAUAAGCACACUGUGCGGUGGCAGGACAAAGGACAAGUUCUAUAUUCAGGAAUAGG